UACGAUUUAUUAUUCUAGAAACCUAAAAGAACAAAAUUAGUCUCGCAGUCCCCUCGCAGCCGCACCCGGAAGAAAAAACAAUGGCGACUAGUUCAUCGUCCUCUUCUGGUCGCGAAUUCGAACUAGAGAAGGAGAUAAAGAGACAAGAGGUUUCGUUGGAUGAAUUGAGCAGUCUCUCUUCUUCUCGACGCGUCUACCAGAAGAAUUGCAACCUCUUCUUCCUCACUACAUCUGAGAAAGCGAAAACCUCUGCGCAGAAACAGCUUGACUCCGCGAAAUCUCAAAUCGACAAGAUUCGUUCCCGGACAUAAAAACAAUUGGAGAGCUUUGUAGUUGCUGAAAAGAUACAAGAAAAGUUCUCGAUUUAGAGAAGCUUACCUGUCUCUUUUUCUUUGAUGUAUGGCUUCAACUUGUUAUGUUUUGUUGUUAUAUGAAAGAUUCAGAUAUAUAAGAGUUGUGGUAUGAUCUUGAAUAACCCUGGAAUUGCUUGUAAAUUUCUUCAUUUUUUAUAUGAAACUUAGCUAUUCUGAUAGUAAA